CUUGGUGUACUUUCACACCGACCGUUCAGGUGCAGUGGACCCUCCGCUCCGUUCGUCACUUCCCCUUGUGUGCGUCUGCGGGCUGCUGCGCUGUCUGGGACGGAGGGCUUCCAUGCUAAGCAGGCGACCAACCACAUUAAACCACAGAAGAGGCGUUGUUUAGCUUCCCUGGAUACGGAAACAGUUCGUAGUCGUACUUAACGUCCGUGUCCAUCGUUGUGCUCCUCCGUGGACUUUAUUGUGCGGUCCGCCGGCCUCGGGACACCACUGCAGCAGCGACUGACCGAGCACGCCGCCGCCGCCGCUGUUGUUGUGAGAAGAAAACAAGCUCCGCUCCGGCUGUGUGAUCAUUGACAGAGUUCAGUACACACAAGCUUCAAGUGAGAGCUGGUGGGAGCUUUGUGCAGCGAAUCUCUGAGCCUUUCCGAGAAGCGACGGCUGGGGAUAUUUUUGCCACAGAAGUCGAGGUAUUACAUCAUAUAUAUUUUUAUCUGAGCCACAGUCAGGCACUUGACCGGUAAGAAGAGUUUGCACAGUGUCCACCAGCUUGUCUGCGGCCCCCUCCCCACCAGACAGUCUUCUGCCCCAGCAUGAAUGAAGUCAGUGUUGUGAGAGAGGGAUGGCUUCACAAGAGAGGUGAAUACAUUAAAACAUGGCGUCCUCGUUACUUCAUCCUGAAGAGCGACGGCUCCUUCAUCGGCUACAAAGAGAAGCCUGAGGUGUCCAGUGACCACAGCCUCCCACCGCUCAACAACUUCUCUGUCGCAGAAUGCCAGCUGAUGAAGACGGAGCGGCCCAAGCCCAAUACAUUUGUCAUUCGGUGUUUGCAGUGGACCUCCGUUAUCGAGCGAACUUUCCACGUAGACAGCAAUGAGGAGAGGGAGGAGUGGAUGCGAUCGAUCCAGGCAGUAGCAAAUAGCCUGAAGAGUCAGCAGCAGGAUGAGGAGCCCAUGGAGAUCAAAUUUGGCUCACCCAGUGACAGCAGCGGCACAGAGGAGAUGGAGAUUGCUGUGUCCAAAUCCCGCACAAAAGUGCAGACCAUGAGUGAUUUCGACUACCUGAAGCUGCUGGGCAAAGGGACGUUUGGCAAGGUGAUCCUGGUGAAGGAAAAGGCCACAGGGAUGUACUAUGCCAUGAAAAUCCUCCGCAAAGAAGUCAUCAUUGCUAAAGAUGAGGUGGCACACACAGUUACGGAGAGCAGAGUUCUCCAAAAUACGCGGCAUCCCUUUCUAACGACACUAAAAUAUGCAUUUCAAACACAUGACCGGCUAUGCUUUGUAAUGGAGUAUGCAAAUGGAGGAGAACUCUUCUUUCAUUUAUCCCGGGACAGAGUAUUCACAGAAGACAGGGCACGAUUCUACGGUGCAGAAAUAGUGUCAGCACUGGAGUAUCUACACUCACGCAAUGUAGUUUACAGGGAUUUAAAGCUGGAGAACCUCAUGUUAGACAAGGACGGCCACAUAAAGAUAACAGACUUCGGGCUGUGUAAAGAGGGGAUCACGGACGGUGCCACAAUGAAAACCUUCUGUGGGACUCCGGAGUACUUGGCCCCAGAGGUGCUAGAGGACAACGACUAUGGACGAGCGGUGGACUGGUGGGGAUUGGGCGUGGUGAUGUAUGAGAUGAUGUGUGGGCGGUUGCCCUUCUACAACCAGGACCACGAACGUCUGUUUGAGCUUAUCCUCAUGGAGGAGAUCCGCUUCCCCAAGAACCUGGCUCCUGAGGCCAAGGCCCUGCUGGCAGGCCUGCUCAAAAAGGACCCCAAACAAAGGCUUGGAGGUGGACCAGACGAUGCCAAAGAAGUGAUGACCCACAAGUUCUUCACCUCCAUCAACUGGCAGGAUGUUACUGACAAAAAACUUGUUCCUCCCUUCAAGCCCCAGGUAACAUCGGAGACAGAUACGCGUUACUUUGACGAUGAGUUCACAGCACAAACUAUCACAAUAACUCCUCCAGACAAGUAUGACAGUUUAGAUGCAGAGGAUUCAGAUCAGCGUACUCACUUCCCUCAGUUCUCCUACUCAGCCAGCAUACGGGAAUGAUUCCUCAGAGUGUUGAGCAAGCAGGCAGGCUGACACACGAUCACAAUCCCACAUACACACUGGCACUGCUGGGGAAUCUGAACGACACAAACAAAAAGUGGCACAAGACACAUUUUCAUUCUGUCUUUAACGCACACGCACACAUAUACUGGCAAAUCAGACAAGACACGGAUCAUAGAGUAGACAUGAACACACGGACCGUGAAUGACUGACCUCAGCAGGUCUGUGUGGACAGACUGGCAGCUUUGUCUCUGAACGUCCUCUCAGGGCUGGCAGUAGGCUUCCCUGCAGGACCUUUGCUGCACUACACUGGGCACCACAUCAAAGCCUUGACACUUUGAAAACCAGGUUAUGCCAGCAAGUACCACCUCUUUACCAGCUGUACCCAUGCUUCACACACAGGCUAACACACACACACACACACACACACACACACACACACCAACCCAUGCAUAGACUGCAUAUAUACAUAAACAUACUUGAUAGAUUUGGAAAAAGUAUAAUCACAAUUAGGAAAAUGGAAAAGAUUUGGAAAAGAAACAAAUUUUUAUUUCAUCAGUUGUUACGGUUUUAAAUGUAAAGCCAUAUUUCUGCUUUUUUUUUGUGAUUUCUUUCUUUUUUUUUUCUUUUUUUUUUUAACAAGUGCUCUUUCUGGAACUUGCUGUUACAAAUCAAGUGUGUGAUUUUCCUUCAGAGGGGGGAAAUGAGGAAGAGGGGAGGGUUGCCAUUACUGUGUUUGCACUGCACGUGUGUUUGUGUGAAUGGACGGGCGGAUGUGUGAACGUGUGCGCGUGUGCAUCGAGUGCAGGAGAAUGUAUGAACAGCCAUUUUGAUUCUCAGCCAUCCAUGUGUGUCUGUUUCUGUACAUGUUUUCCACCUCUGAACAUUUGCUGGAAUAUCAACAUGAGAGGACACUACACAGCACACUCAAUGGCUUUUGUUUAAAGGGAACAGGCGCGUCAUUUAUGAGUGCCGUGACCAGCUUGCCGCAAAAUUGACUUUGUUAGGGUUAGAAACUGGGAUCUCAUGCAUGGCUAUCCUUUGCUUUAAAAGCUGCAUUAAUUUAACUUGAAGGGACGCCGCAGUCAGGCUCUUAGAGUCCAGGUUGCUGUAUCCAGACUGACUGACCAACUAGUAGCUGGUUGGAAGUGUAGGUAAGUUUUCAUCGAGGCCAGUCGCACUAUGUGUUCAAGACCAUAAGGACAGAAGGAAAGACGAGAACAGGGACUAGGCAAACGACCACGGUUUCCCCAACCUGUCUAGAGAGACCAACAAAGACGCACACAGCCAGACGCUGUCCUCUCACUCCCCAGCUGAAGAGUUGGGCACCAAUCGUCUGUUUGUUUUCUGUUUGUAAUAGGAGUUGAAGUUUUGAGAUAUUUGUAAAAUGCCCUUUUGAAUGUCCCCAUAUUUAAAGAAUGAGUUCAGUCGUUGGUAAGAGGCCAAAAAUUGACUGACUUGUUGGACAUUUAACACUUCAUAUGAUUCCACAUUUGAUGUUUUGAGUCUUUGGUUUGUGUUUUCUUUGAUGCUGUGUCAAAGCAUUUAAAUCUACGUAGUUUUAUGUCUGGAGCAACAGUCUGCAGGUUUACAAUCAACUAAAUGCUGCAUGAGCUGUUUGACCAACCAUCAGCCUGCAGAGAGGAGGAACCAAUCAGAACAUCGUCUGUAUUGUUAAGUGGACAUGAAACCUGCAUACUUUGAGUCAUGACGGCACAUGAUUGAGAGAAGCCCUGGACAGCAUGUUGUUACCCUUAGUGCUGGAAGAGAUGCUGGUUUGCUCUUUGAGCUUCACUAAAGGAACAUCACAACCAUCUUGUAUGUCCUUGUUUUGUUUUUGUUUGUGGAUUUUUCUCCUUUUUUGUCCAUCUAUUUCACAAAUUUUGGAAGACACAUUAUCUUGUUUAAUUAAGCAUUAUAUAAAAUAUAUAUAUUAAAAGUUUUUUAAACUGCUUUCUUUUAAGUUCUUCAUUUCAACUGGAUUCCAGCUGACGAUUGCUUAUUUAUCUGAGACUGUAGCUGACGUAACUCUGAACAGACCGUUAACUUCAGCUCUGCUUUAUUACCGUAUCGGUUUGGCACAUCAAAAACUGAAUUCACGGUGUAGCGUACCAUUGCUAAAGAAAACAAUUAACUAGACUUGUCCUAAAACUGUAUGCUUAAAUUGCAUUUUAAAACCAAAUUAAAUUUGAGAUUAUUUGAAAGUGGUUCGGCUGUUUUCCAGGAAAUAUUUCACCUCAGUGUGUGAAGAGCUCUCCUUGAUCUGCUCCGUACUGCUGACAAUAAGUAAACUGCCGUCCAGUACCGUUUCCUACCCUUCUCUGCAGAGCACAGGUUAAAGUGGUGUUUAAAGGGUUCUGCGAACACAUACAUCAGCAUUCUUUGGGAUGUCCCUCAUUCACCAUCCUGGUUUGCUUUUCUUUUGAGUUGUGUGAGUGACAGAGUGGCUGCCAGACGUGUGAGAGUGAUGGACACAGAACAGCAGCAGGUCUUUGACUUUCAGCAUCGACAACAUGAUGAGCCCAGUUCCUGCAGAUGAUGAUGUGAUCAAAUGGCUUUGAUUUACAGUUCACAACUCCAGCACCUCUUCUCACUGGCUCAGGCACAGCCAUCAUACUCUAGCCUAGCGUCCUGCUUUGGAAACGGCAGGGCCGGACAUCAGAACCAUUGCACUGAUGGACUCCACUGUGGAUUUGCCUUCAUUGCUAUCAUGGCCAUAAGGGGGUGCUGCUGGACUUUUUUGAUAUUGGUUGUGAAGCCAUACACUGAACCUCGCUGCUGGCCACGCUUUAAGCAAUGCUUCACAGCUAAACAUGCAAGUGAAUACCCCUGACCUCUCCUGUAGGCAUACACAGGCACAACAAGUGCCUCUUCAUUAUUGUGUAAAUACCAAAAAAAGCUUGGUGAAUGCAGCAUUAGUAGAAGGGGAGGCCUGCAGCUUCGUAGUAUUUGAUUUGCAGCUUUACUAUGGUUACCUUGCUUCUCUGUAUAUUUGAAUGUGAACAACAGUCAGGAAUGUCACACCUGAGGCUGCUGUAACAGUUUUAUUUGCUUGUUGCUGUUAGUUGAGGCUCAGAGGGCAAUGAAAAAAAAAGCAAUCUUUAAGGGGAGGACAUUGUCCUGGUAGACAUUUCCAGCCCCCUUUUGCAAGACUUUCCAAUGUAACGGGUGACACCUGCUACAGUACGGUAGCUUAUAACAUUUGCAACUAUAAUGUGCCAGUAAACAUUUUUACUGAAUAAA